AUGGCAUCUAUUACAUGUAGAGUUACCGACCCAGCCUCCACCGGCAUUCAAGGCAUCUAUGCCUCACUCAACUGCAAGGAUCAUCACGGAAACAUCGUCAGUCGCUAUGAGUCAUUCUCAGACGAUGAUGGCAACAUUCGAUAUUGGUUCCGCUUGUCUCUGGGCGAUAUGUCCAUUGACCCAAAGCCGGAGAUCGUCGAUGCCUUGCAGUUCCCGGCAGUCAGCAUGACAUUUCUACCUGGAAUUCGAGAGGCCUGCUUCCCCUGGAGAAGUAUUCACACGGAACUUCAGCUACUGGCGAAUGGUCAACAUGAGUUCAUUCUGAUCCUGAAUGAGCACAGCGCAAGCUACCAGAUCCACCAUGCCUUGAGCUCCCCCCUUGAAGCUCAGAUGGAGUGGGAAAGGACUAUCAAAGAACUCGACAUGACUGCUCUUCAUGAAGAGCCGACCCGAUCACCGUCACCAUUGAGGCUUCCCUCCCCUGUCAUCACACCACAGACGGGCAGGGGAAUCAAGCGCAAGUUGUUCUGCGACGGAGAAGAAACUAGUCUUGGCAGUAACUACAUUCAGUCAACAAAGCGACGCGGCGUGACUCGUCGAAACAAGAACAAUGGGGGAGUGAAGCGCAGAAGCAAUGUAGCAUCAAAGCGCAGGAUGACCCCAGAUAGCGACGAUGCGCUGUGA